UUUUUCCGUCAGAUUGAAAAUGGAUGCCCUGAGAGCCUCGUACGGAGACUCGUCGUCGGACUCAGACUCCGAGUCGCUAGCUCCACGUCCAGAGCUCAAAAACUCCGAAGAAUCGAGCUCUGCUCUGCCCCCACCUCCUCUGUCACUUCUCAACAGUCCCAAUUCCUUUGGAUUUCUGGACUUCUCACCAAGCGCUCAGCCCGGCAGAGUGAGGAACUUUCCUCACGUGGAAGGGAACUACGCAGUACAUGUCUACAUCCCAGUUUUUAUACCAUCAGCACCAAGGAAAGAGAUGGCCUUAUUUUUGAACAAGCUAGCUUCUCUGGUGACCGGUCUCCAUGCUGUCGACGUGGACGUCCCUCUUGAGAUUUUGCGCAAGGAUGAGCACAAGCUUGAACAGGUUGCUUUGGGUAGAGAGUUCCAUAUAAGUCUGGGAAGAACUGUACCAAUCCGAGUGCACCAGAUUGACUCCCUGGUCACAAUGCUUCGGCAGAAGCUUCAGAUUCAGAGGCGGUAUUGGAUUGAUUUUAGCAAGUGGGAGGUUUUUGUUAACGAUGAUCACACCCGGACCUUUGUGUCGAUAGAAGUUAUUGCUGCUGGGUUAGCUGAGAUAACAAAGCAGAUUCAAGCUGUCAAUGAGGUGUAUAAGCUUCACAAUCUUCCUGAAUUUUACAAGGAUCCUCGCCCUCAUAUAUCGGUAGCUUGGGCAUCAGAUGACAUCAGCAGUUCCCUGAAGCAAGCGGUUGAAGAAGAAAGAAGAUCUACAGUCGGAGGAUCAUUACAGAAACGUCUUUUUACCAGUAAAUUCAAUGGCAUCGAAUGUAGGAUUGGUAGUAAAACCCAUAAAAUAUGUAAAUUUUCUGAAUAAUAGUGUAACUGUUAAUU